CUUUAUUAAUCAUAUAUUCUCCAUAAAUCGCGAUUAACAUUUUUUUUAACAAAAAGAAUCAGCUUUGAAGCGAUGGCGCUUUCGCGCAUGCGCGCCGCAAGGAUGCGGCGGCAAAACUGUCUCGUACGAAGUCUUCGUCUUUCCGACGCAUUCAGAUUCGUUUAGUAGAAAUUAACGUCUGGAUGGUGAAGGAUCAUAAAAAUGUUAGCGAAAGACUUGUAUUAAUCCAGAAACUAAAGUCAUAUGCUCUUAUAAAAAUACACAGAACAAAAUUAAGUAAUUUUUAAACUGCGAGUAUCGUUACUCGCAAAAUCGAAAAUGUUUAUUGGUGUAUACCUAUUAAUUAUAUUAGCACUCUUAAAAAAUGGAUUCUGCACAUCUUCGCACAAUCAUCAGGGCAAAGAAGAAUCAUCAGAAGACAGCAUCAUUCAUACUGUUCCACUUGGUUCGGCAGCUACUUUUCAUUGGAGGGUUGAUUUUAUGAGCGAAGUUAUAAUCGCGGAAGUUCAUUACAAAGGUACCGACAAUACUUGGUUUGCCAUUGGUUUCUCAAACUAUGGGGAAUUGCAACCGGCCGAUUAUUGCGUCUUGUGGGUCGACUGGCACCGUCAAAUUCAGCUGCAGGAUGCAUGGGCGAAUGAAGAGGGAAAGUUAAACCUGGAUUCGCAGCAAGAUUGUGAUAACUUUGCGUGGAGAAGAAAAGGAAACGUAAUAAAGUUCACAUUUUCUAGAAAGUUUGAUACUUGCGAUGAAAAUGAUUACAUUAUGGAGAGGGGCACGACGCAUUUAGUAUGGCUGAAAGGUGUGGGGCCAUUAUCUUCUUUAGCUGGUUUGCAAGUCUCGGACUCGGAAGCUUCCGGUAUGGCCAGGACUGAAUUGAUUCGAGUCCAUCAUAAAAAACCAACAUUUCCUUCAAACGCAUGGCAUUUUGAAAUACUGGCUGAUCAAGUGAAAGUGCCGAAUAAAGAAACGACUUACUGGUGCCGUGUUCAGAAAUUACCAGCCGUUCUCGCUCAGAAACAUCACAUUCUUCAGUUUGGUCCAGUUAUUCAAACAGGCAAUGAACAUUUGGUACAUCAUAUGGAAGUCUUCCAUUGUGCUGGACCUCCGAAUCUCGAAAUCCCCAUGUACAAUGGUCCGUGUGACGGCACUGAUAGACCAGAGAAGACGCAGAUAUGUAAGAAAGUUUUGGCAGCAUGGGCAAUGGGAGCAGAUGCAUUCGUCUAUCCAGACGAAGCUGGUCUCUCGAUUGGUGGUCCGGAUUUUAAUCCUUACGUUAUGUUGGAAGUGCAUUACAACAAUCCUGAGCUUCAGGAUGGGCAUACCGAUUCCUCAGGCAUUCGUUUUAUUCUUACAAAGAGUCUUCGAAAAUAUGACGCUGGAGUGAUCGAACUGGGAUUAGAGUAUACUGAUAAAAUGGCAAUUCCACCGCAACAAGAAGCAUUCACUUUGUCAGGACAUUGCAUACAAGAGUGCACAGGCGUUGGUCUUCCUCAACAGGGUAUUCACAUAUUUGGUUCCCAACUUCAUACGCAUUUAACAGGAACAAAAGUUGUAACUCGACACAUCAGGGACGGAGAAGAGUUGCCUCUUUUAAAUUACGAUAAUCAUUAUUCCACUCAUUUUCAAGAGAUCCGACUUUUGCCUAAACCAGUCACCAUCCUUCCUGGUGAUUCGUUGAUAACGACUUGUACGUAUAACACAAUGGACAGAAAAAAUAUUACGCUGGGUGGAUUCGCCAUCUCGGAUGAAAUGUGUGUAAAUUACAUACAUUAUUAUCCGAAUGCUAGGCUAGAAGUCUGUAAGAGCGCGAUAAGUGACGACGCUUUGAGAACGUAUUUCCGAUAUAUGAAAGAAUGGGAAAGUCAGCCAACCAGUGUGGACGAAGGAAUUUCUACGAAUUAUAAAAGCAUCGAGUGGACUAAAGUCCGUGUACAAGCUCUUCAUGAUCUUUACGAGGCUGCUCCAUUAGGGAUGCAAUGCAAUGGAUCAGACGGAUCGCGACUUCCUGGAUUAUGGGAUAACAUAGCAGCGACACCCGUCAAGCUACCUCUGGCUCCUCCAGCUCGAAAUUGUCCAACUUCGUUUUUGAACCAAGAAAUUAAUUCUAUGUAAAUCUCUUUCUCUGUCGAAUAGUAUCUAGUAUUUUGAAACCCACUAAGGCCGGUAAAUGUCAUAUUUAAACCUGAAAAUUAAAAAAUAAAACGAAACUUAUUGAAAUGUCGAUUUACAUUAGUUUCCAUUAAAAUGACAGAUAUUUCAUUACACGUUUUUUAUUGCCAAUAUAUUCUUCCAAGGUCGUCGUAUAUUUUCAUCCUGCUUAAAAGAAUAUAGCUUUGUAAAAUAAAACAGCAAGUCUAGUUACAAUACAGUGUGCUUGAAUGUAAAAUACUUUGCGUUAAAGUAGAAGAAAAGAGGGAAAAUAAAAAAAUGUUAAAAUCAUUGAAGUAACUAGGUAAGGACCAGGAUGGACCUCACUCAUAAUAGCUCAUAUAUUCCAUAUUAAGAAUUUUCAUAUUUCCAAAUGUUACUAUGACCUGGACCACACCGAUCAAAGAUCCUAGUUACGUCACUGGUUAAAAUAUACCACGGGAUGACGAUAAAUACUUUCGAUGUAAAAGUUUAUAAACCUCCAGUAUAUUUAUGCACUUUAAGGGUUCUUUUUGGCAGUACAUCGUCUUGCUGCGAGUAAGCUAAGUUUAAUCGAACGUCGUUAACAAAUACUUGCUCUAUGAAAAUUGUUAACUGUAUAGUACGGAAUAAUAAAAAUAAUAAUAGUUAUGCUAAUAAUAAUGUUAAUCGCAAUAGCGGAAACUUUGUCUUUACACGUUUCACAAAUGUACAAAAGAGGAACGCGUCUUAACGCUAAAUGCGAUAUAAAAAUUAAAGUUAUCCAAUAUUUACGAUAUAAUACACAUGAGCGGGUUACAAAUACACACAUACAUUCACACGCGCACGCUGUGACCACGCAUACGAUAGUUGCCUUCGUUCAAAGCACGAAGAUCACUUCCGAGGAAGUACCUUAGCACGAUUUUGUAUUUUCUCCUAAUUUUUGUUUUCAUUUCAUUUAAUAUUCAUGUACGAUUCCUUUUUUCAUUUUGUUUAUCGAACACUUGUCAGACUUGUCUUUUAAUCUUGAUUACAAUGUAGCUCAUAAACGUCCUAGCAUAUAAUGCGGGAUUCUAUCGAGUAUUAAAUUUGUACUGCCAAACGUGCUUUUCGUCGUUUCAACCCUUUGAAGCAAAGAUGUCUAGAGUACAGUACCCAUUCUAUGUUCACAGAGAACGAUUCUGUAAAAGUUACGACGAAUACAAAUUCGUUAUAUACUGUAAUAAUAGAAAAAUACAGUUUAGUAAUAUUUAGAGAUAUGAGGAUAAUCGAAUGUGGCGGGUAGCUGAGCUGUCGGGUCGGGUAGGGAAAAGUCGAUUAUGUUCGGAUAAAAUCGAACUGACUCGAAUUUUAAAGUUUUCAAAUUCAUAAAUAAUCGUGCUAGUCGAAUUUGUGUUUAUGUCGGACAACUCAUCAGACUUUAACCGACACGACUCGAGCUCAAAUUGAAUAUCGCACAUUCCUAAUAAUAUUGCAACAUAGAUACUCAGUACAUGAUACAAUAUAAACAUUUAUUUUUUUAGACACUGAUAAAAUGAUUGAUUAUUUUAAAAUAAAAUGCUUCAAAGGGUUAACUAUGGUUCUCUAUUGAAUGUAUGAGAGAGAAUCGUUCUCUUUGGUGCUUUAUUAAGCUGUAUUUAGACUGCAGGAAAAUUAAUAGGGAACUAAAGUA